AUGUUCUCGGAGGACUCUACGCACGAGUCGGCACUCACGGACCCGCUGUUCAUGCUGCGGCUGUACAAGCGAGUCGCGUAUGGCCUUGUACCGCGUCUGCACUCCGACGGCACCCGAGCGUUUCUGCCAUCGUUUCUCUCUGUGGACUCCCGCUACGUCGAGUCCACCAACGUCGCUGUAGACGCGGCGGCGCUGCUUAUCGCUGUGGAGCCCAUUUUCCCGACGUCUUUGCUGACGCACAAGGAGGUCACUCUCCUCCUUCGCGUCCUAGAGCUGGAGGAGGAGGAAACGGCGAAGGAGGCGAGUCUCACGGACAGCUUCGAGGAGGCACAGAGGGGAAGGCGCCGCUCCUGCGCCAGGGGCAUCCGUCCUGGUCGUGUCACGCUGGCGUUGCGGGAUAUAAUUCCGUUUCGAACGUGGCAGGUGUCGCAGACUGUGGCGGCAGCACGGCGUGCGGUGCAGGAGAGUGCCGUCAUGAGCCCGUUCGAGGAGCAUCUCGUGGAUGUGCUGGAUUGGCAGAACAGCCGCCGUCGCCAGGCAACAGAGGAAUCCCCGCCUCCAUUGGAGCGCUGGGAGGCGCUAGCGUUUAUGGAAGACACCUGCGGGCUUAGCAGCUCCGAAUCCCACUGGCUGUUGCACUACUGCGCUAACGAGGAGGACGAUGACGCCGAGGACGGUACGGCAACUGGCUCGUGCCUGGGUUGCGAGAUGGUGCUGCUGCACCAGCUGCUGUUCAGCAAAGUGAUUCCUAGUGUUGCCGAGUAUCCGCUGCUGAUGGGGCGAUUCGCAGAAGCCACGCUGGAUAUUGGAGAGACGGAGCUUUGCCAUACCGGUACGCUUGCCCUCCAGAGCGUUCUAGAGUCUAUGGAGCUUCAUUACCCGGAACACAGUCGACACCUGCCAUUGGACUUGGACAUAAGGGCGCUGGUGCGGGCAGAGUUGACGCCGCGGCAAUUCUUCUACGCGUGCACCAAGCUGCGCACGGGGUUCCGCCCGGAAGAGUCUAAUCAGCUCUACUACUACCUCAAGAAGGACAGCGAAACCGAGGACGGCGUACUCGUCGCAGACCUGCUCGCUGCGUAUCGGCAGUACUUCCCUUCUGUCACGGGUUCCAUGCUGCAGCUGGUGCAGGCGGCCGUGGUUGAAUGGAUGCGGCGCAGUACCAAGAAUGGCCCGGCAUUUGUGCAGCUCUACUCAGCGCUGAGAGAGUGGGGUACUGAGCGUGUGCCAAUCGAAGCGUUCAUCAAAGCACUGCGCGCCGCAGGUGUGCCGGAUGGUCUCUCUGGGGUGUUGGAUGUUGAGCUGGAGUGGCUGCGACUGAAGUCCCCGACCCGCGUAGACUUGGUUCUCAUGCUGUGUACCCCCGCCCCACCGUCGCGCGUUGCCGUUAUCCGUAAGCUCUUCAACCGACUCGACAAGCAACACUCAGGCAAUGUUGCCUGUGCUGCGUUACUGAGGAGCUUCCAUCCGGAGCUCAUCGAGGGCAACGCUGUGCGUCAGCAAGGCACCAUAUGGAAGCAGGCCCUGGAGGCGUACAUCGUGGAGCUGGGGGGCGGGGAGCUUGACUACGAAGUCUUUGCGUACUUCUGGUAUAUGGUCUCCGCCAGCGUUGAGGACGAUCCGACGUUCACGAUGGUCGUCUGGCAGGCGUUCGGUCUCUCCGAUGAUAGGUAA